AAAGGCCAAUGGUGUAAUCAUUAUUAGUUACACCAUGAGCUUGAAGGGAAAGGUGCUGGUUCCCGAUGACAUGGUUUUCAUGAAUCCCACACCAGUCCUGCCAUUUCCAUGAGUUCAAUCUGCUUUGGAAUAGACCGGAGGAUUAUCAUCAGCAUCCCUGGACAAUCAAGAUUUUGGAGCAACAUAAAAGCGCGAUGAAAGCCAUUCUUCUUACAUCUGUAUUAAUAGUGUGUACCAUCCCCAUGGCCUGGGGGUGUGUGACCGGUGCGGGCCCAUCUUGGGAGAUCAACCAGCCAAGAAGACCCGGUACAGGUGCACGACGAAAAUCUACCAGCUCUCGCAAAUCCUUUUUGCUCGACUCACCACCCAGGACAAUCAGUUCAGGAAUACCUUUCGCAGUAAUGACGUAUUUCGCUGGACUUAUAAGCAAAGAAUCAGCAUUCCAAAGCAUUGAUGUUGAUGGUAACGGUCUGGUUUCAUUGGAGGAGUGGAUCCUGAGAGGAGGUGACGGGACAGAGUUCAAACGUAUGCUCUUUCGUCUUGACACAGGAGGCGAUCAAAUGAUCUCUCUGACUGAGCUGAAGCCAUUCAGCCUACCAAGUGAAGGUCCAAGAGAUGUGGGUUUCCCUCACCUAGAAAUCCCAGAUCCUUUGCCACGAAUACCAGUUCCAAGAAUACCCGCACCAAGAAUGCCCGGACCCCGUAGGCCUCCAAUCAGACUUGAACCCCGAGAGUUCCAUGGAGUUCCUUGAACAUUAUGCCCAAUGCCUUUGCCCCGCAGGCCAGUUCCAAGAACAUGAGGAUACCCGCACCAAGAAUUCCCAGACAUCGUAGCCUUCUAAUCAGACUUGAACCCCGAGAGUUCCAUGGAGUUCCUUGAACAUUAUGCCCAAUGCCUU